GUGACCGCCGGCUAGAGCGCGCCGGGGCUUUCGGUACCCCGGGCGUUCUCCGUAGCUUUCCUCUUCUCCCCCCGCCCCUGGGCCUCCGUACUGACGCUGUCCGGGCGGGAGCCGAGCCGGAGUCGGAGCCGGAGCCGGAGCCUCAGAGACGUGGAAACAUGGAGGCCUGAGCCGGUGUGCGCCAACCCGGCUGCGGCGGCGACCGCGGCUUGUUCUGUCUCCUCUGCCACCCGUUCGUCCGUCCGUGAGCUGGAAGCGGAUCUCCCCGCCGGCUGAGACAGGUUGUCUUGUGGAAAUGAAGGUUUAAGGACAAGUUAUCUACCAGAUUAAAAGAUGGGAUCGAAUAGCAGCAGAAUUGGUGAUCUUCCUAAAAAUGAGUACUUAAAAAAGUUAUCAGGCACAGAAUCUGUCUCUGAGAAUGACCCGUUCUGGAAUCAGCUACUGUCAUUUUCUUUCCCUGCACCAACUAGCAGUACCGAGUUGAAGCUCUUGGAGGAGGCAACCAUUUCAGUCUGCAGGUCUUUAGUUGAAAACAAUCCUCGAACAGGAAACCUUGGUGCACUAAUUAAGGUCUUCCUGUCUAGAACCAAAGAACUAAAACUUUCAGCAGAAUGUCAGAACCACAUCUUCAUUUGGCAGACACACAAUGCUUUGUUUAUUAUUUGCUGUUUGCUGAAAGUGUUCAUUUAUGAGAUGUCAGAGGAAGAGUUACAACUUCAUUUUACUUAUGAAGAAAAAUCUCCUGGCAGUUACAGUUCUGACUCAGAAGAUCUUUUGGAAGAAUUGCUGUGCUGUUUGAUGCAGUUAAUCACUGAUAUUCCACUCUUAGAUAUUACAUAUGAAAUAUCAGUAGAAGCUGUGUCAACAAUGGUGGUCUUCCUUUCCUGCCAACUCUUCCACAAGGAAGUUUUGCGACAGAGCAUCAGUCACAAGUAUUUGAUGCGAGGUCGAUGCCUCCCAUAUACCAGCAAACUUGUAAAGACCUUGUUGUAUAACUUCAUCAGGCAAGAAAAGCCGCCUCCUCCAGGAGCACACGUUUUCCCUCAGCAGUCAGAUGCGGGAGGGCUGCUGUAUGGACUGGCAUCAGGAGUAGCAACUGGACUCUGGACUGUUUUCACACUGGGCGGUGUGGGCAGCAAAGCGGCUGCUGCUCCAGAAGUUUCUUCCCCUCUGGCCAACCAGAGUCUCCUGCUUCUGCUGAUUCUGGCCAACCUGACAGAUGCUGCAGAUGCACCAAACCCCUACAGACAGGCCAUCAUGUCCUUUAAGAAUACACAAGAUAGCAGUCCUUUCCCCUCGUCAAUUCCACAUGCUUUCCAGAUUAACUUUAACAGUUUGUAUAUGGCCCUAUGUGAACAGCAGACAUCUGAUCAAGCAACUCUCCUUUUGUAUACAUUGCUCCAUCAGAAUAGUAAUAUUAGAACAUACAUGUUGGCUCGCACAGAUAUGGAAAAUCUUGUUUUACCAAUUCUCGAGAUUCUGUAUCAUGUGGAAGAAAGAAAUUCACACCAUGUCUAUAUGGCCCUUAUAGUAUUGUUGAUCCUUACAGAAGAUGAUGGCUUCAAUAGAUCCAUUCACGAAGUGAUGUUAAAAAAUAUUACUUGGUAUUCAGAACGGGUUUUAACUGAAAUUUCACUGGGGAGUCUCCUGAUACUGGUUGUAAUAAGAACUAUUCAGUACAACAUGACAAGGACAAGAGACAAGUACCUUCACACAAAUUGUUUGGCAGCUUUAGCAAAUAUGUCGGCGCAGUUUCGUUCUCUCCAUCAAUAUGCUGCCCAGAGGAUCAUCAGUUAUACCUGCCGCCACUUGCGGAGAUAUGUUUGUGUGUUGGACAAACUGUAUUUUCCCCACUCUCACUGCUCUACGCUUCAGCAUUGCUUCUCGACCCUCAGUGACAAUGGAGAGGAGCUCUUGUCUUUAACUUGCUCUCACAUUCUCAGAUCCUAUGCUUCCAGCUUGUUUUCCUUGCUGUCUAAAAAACACAACAAAGUUCUGGAACAAGCCACACAGUCCUUGAGAGGUUCGCUGAGUUCCAAUGAUGUUCCUCUACCAGAUUAUGCACAAGACCUAAAUGUCAUCGAAGAAGUGAUUCGAAUGAUGUUAGAGAUCAUCAACUCCUGCCUGACAAAUUCUCUUCAUCACAAUCCAAAUUUGGUGUAUGCACUUCUUUACAAACGAGAUCUCUUUGAACAAUUUCAAACACAUCCUUCAUUUCAGGAUAUCAUGCAAAAUAUUGAUCUGGUGAUCACCUUCUUUAGCUCGAGGUUGCUACAAGCUGGAGCUGAGCUGUCAGUGGAACGGGUUCUGGAAAUCAUCAAGCAAGGGGUCGUCGCACUGCCCAAGGACAGGCUGAAGAAAUUUCCAGAACUGAAAUUCAAAUAUGUGGAAGAGGAGCAGCCCGAGGAGUUUUUUAUCCCCUAUGUCUGGUCCCUGGUGUGCAACUCAGCGGUGGGCCUGCACUGGAACCCUCAGGACAUCCAGCUGUUCACGAUGGAUUCCGACUGAGGGCGGGACGCCGUCUCCCACCCUGACCCCCUCCAGCCAAGCAGCCCUUCUACUUAUUUUCUUUCUGGGGAACAGAGGUAGACAGAUUCCCUGGUGCGUCUUCUAUUAAAGAGGAUCACACAGUCGUGUUUUCCUUGCACACUUGGGUUUGGAGAAUUGGUGCCAGUUGGCAGUAGAUCACUCAGUUUAGAUUAUAGUGCAAAAAAGGGGAGGGGACUUACACAACAAUAAUAAAUGUAAAAACCUAUUUCACAUGCAAUUUUAUUUCUAAACCAAAAAUCUAGAGCUUUUCCAGGAACCUGAUGCCUUAGGCAUAUAACAUUUUACCAGUACAUACUUCUUUCUCUUUUCUUUUCUUUUUUUUUCCCGCCCCCCGCACGUUCAGGAUUUUUGUUUUGGUCGUGUGUGUGUGUGUUUCAACAUUGAGAAAUACCAACCUGAAAAGAUGACAAGACAGGAAUUAAUAAGGAAUUGCAGCCGUGUAUGCAUGCAGUUGCCUUUCAGAAGGCCCAUGAUAUAAGCCUGGGCGGUUGGAUAUAAGCCUUUAGAUCCUGGAAUCUUUCCCUCAAAGAAAGAAGUGGCUCCUUCUCAUGAAGCCCAGAUUAGCUUUUUUGUGGAUUUGGCCUCUGAGCUGUAGCUGAAUUAAAUUGGAGUCUAGACUAAUAGGAGAAAAAGGAGACCAAUUUGAUUAAUACAGUAUUCCACAUGAGAGUAAACACAUGUUUUUCUCUCCACUUCUGACUUUGUUUAAACUCUUUGGGGCCUGUGUGAUCGCAGUUGUCUCCCUGAGCUUCUCUGAGGGAAACAGCCGCUGGGGUCGCCCUGAGCAGAGCAGUGGGCACUGAGGACAGAGGGGACAGGCCUUUCGAGUCACGCUCUAGGUCCAUGGCCACCCCUUCACGGCCUAGUUUCACUCUCAAAGACACAAGAAGUAUUUGCUUUUCUGCAUAGGAAGCACAUAAUCCCAGAUGAGACCGACCGAGCACCCGUUUCAGCCUGCCGUUGCCUAAUCUGUAUCGGAGGCAGCUUCUCUCCCCUGUCCCUGUGUCCCCAGCCUGGAGGCUGGAGUCAUUUUGGUUCAUCACCAUCUUCUGAGGGUCUGGGAGGAGACAGCUUCUGUCACACCGAGCUCUGGGAAAGGCUGAAAGCAUGAUGUGUCAGUGCACGUCCGUGUGGUUUCCGCUCAUGAAAAGCCUGGCCGCUCCAUCCCCUCAGCAGCCUCUGAGGUCGGCCAGGCGGUUUCAUUUUCAUCAGGACAGGGGCUGAGACCGAAGCUCCCUGUGGCUGACUGACUGAGGAAGGGCCAUCACUGGCGGGUGGACCCAGGAGGCGUGUGCGGCCUGCCCGCUGCUUCCUCGGCCUCAGGCCUCUGACGUGUCUCCACGAGUGGCUGGGGACUCUGGUUCUUGCCUAAGGUCUCACGGACAGGGCCUCAGACCCGCAGACAAGUCAUGUGAAGCACUUCUGCGUAGUCUGGCUCGUGAGGAGAGGCAGUUGGAAGGUGGAAGGAGGAAUCCUCCAGUCAGAAAGGGGAAAUGAUCGGAUUAUCAUUUCAGGUAGCAAUUAUUUUUAUUUCCUAUAUGGGAACGUGAUAUAUAGCUUUAAUUUGUUUCCAAAGCACUUUGAUCUGCUUUCCUUCAUUUAAACCAAAACACAAUUUUUAAAGGGUCACAUGGAGCAGCUGAGCCCCUGGUAGGACCCUAGAACUAAGAGUCACUGGGCUGCAGGACCGUCAGUUCUUGUGACAGGAGAUAUGGUCCCCCAGAACUUGGUCAUCGAGCGCAAACUACCAAGGAAGCCUUGAUCGAGGGAGUCCUGCAGUCUCUUCCCCAGGCCACCUGGCUCACUAGGUGCCCCCAAAGCCCCGUUCUCUGGCAGUGCCCUCUCCCUCCCUCCCCGCCACUUUUAAUUAAU